CUAGGAUUCAUUUUCUGCCAUUGGAAACGACAGGCUCUGGUCUAUCUUUAAAAAAAUCUUUGAUGAUAGUCUGCCAUUAACUCUCGAAGAAGAACAUUGCGCCAACGGGGGUAUAUUCACAAGACAUGGUGGUGCAGCUAGAGGUCGUAUACAAGAUUCCUAGCUGGUGUGUGAUAUAAAGGGAGGAGAUGGAAGUGGCCGUCACGAUUGGGCCAGACAGCCUGCUCCAGGUCAAUGGAGCCGACCAGGGAGGCAGCCGCUGGAAGCAGCCUAACGAUGACUCAGACCGCAGUUCCAGUCCGUCUGUCCUGCGCUGUGUGACCAGCACGUGGAAGGAGGGCUUGCUGAACAGAAAGAGGCCAUUCGUGGGCCGCUGCUGCCAUUCUUGCACGCCGCAAAGUCAGGCGAGACUCUUCAACUCGAGCAUUCCUUCUCUAGGACUGCGCAACGUGAUUUACAUCAAUGAGACACACACCAGACAUCGGGGCUGGCUGGCCCGCAGGCUCAGCUAUGUGCUGUUUGUUCUGGAGAGGGACGUCCAGAAGGACAUGUUCGCCCGCAACGUGGUGGACAAUGUACUCAACAACAGCAGGGUGGAGAGUGCAAUUGUGGAGGUGGCCACUGAGUUGGAUCCUGCGGCCACCGAGGCUGGGGUGGAACAUAAAGCGGUCAGCAAGGUGAGGCGGAAAGCCAGAGGGUUCCUGCAAGAGAUGGUGGCCAACAUCUCACCAGCCUUCAUCAGGUUGACGGGAUGGGCGCUUCUCAAGCUCUUCAAUGGCUUCUUCUGGAGCAUCCAGAUCCACAAAGGCCAGCUGGAGAUGGUGAAGAAAGCUGCUACMGAGUACAACGCUCCCCUUGUCUUCCUGCCCGUGCACAAGUCUCACAUCGACUACCUGCUCAUCACCUUUAUCCUCUUCUGCCACAACAUCAAGGCUCCCCACAUCGCUGCCGGCAACAACCUCAACAUCCCCAUAUUCAGCACAUUGAUACGUAAACUGGGAGGAUUCUUCAUUCGGCGAAAACUUGACGAGACGCCAGACGGAAAGAAGGAUGUCUUGUACAGAUCUCUAUUAUAUGUAUACACAGAGGAGUUGCUGAGGCAGCAGCAGUUCCUGGAGGUCUUCCUGGAGGGCACGCGCUCCCGCAGCGGCAAGCCCUCCCCGGCACGCGCCGGCAUGCUCUCCAUCGURGUGGACGCCCUGUGCAACGGCGUCAUCCCCGAAGUGAUGGUGGUGCCCGUGGGCAUCUCCUAUGACCGCAUCCUCGAGGGCAACUACAACAGUGAGCAGCUGGGGAAGCCGAAGAAGAAUGAGAGUCUGUGGGGUGUCGCGUGCGGAGUGUUACGGAUGCUGCGGAAGAACUACGGCUGUGUGCGAGUGGACUUCACCCAGCCGUUCUCUCUGAAAGAGUACCUGGACACGCAAAGGAGUCGACAUAUUCCUCCCACCCUCUCCCUGGAACAGACCUUGGUGCCCACCAUCAUCGAUGCACAGCCGGAUCAGGCCCAGUUUGAGGGCGAGCAGGAGGAGCAGCCCAACUCCAGGGACCUGUCGGACGAACCCUGGAGAAGACAGGUCAUCGCCAACCUGGCCAAGCACGUGCUCUUCACGGCUAACAAGUCCUCAGCGGUCAUGUCCACCCACAUUGUAGCCUGUCUGCUCCUUUACAGACACAGACAGGGGGUUGCGCUGUCUAAGCUGGUGGAGGACUUCUUCAACAUGAAGGAGGAGAUCCUGUCGCGGGACUUUGACCUGGGCUUCUCCGGCAACUCCGAGGACGUGGUCAUGCACGCUCUCCACCUCCUGGACAACUGUGUCAACGUGACCAGCACCAACCGCAACACYGAGUUCACCAUCGCCCCGAGCAAAACGGUGCCGGCGCUGUUCGAGCUCAACUUCUACAGCAACGGCCUCUUCCAUGUCUUUAUCUCGGACGCCAUCAUAGCAUGCAGUGCUCUGGCAUUGCUACGGGAACAGGCGGCAUCUGAGGUGGAGGGGGAGCAGGGCGGGCCCAGCAUCCUCCUCAGUCAGGAGAGACUGAUCCGGAAGGCCGCUGGUCUCUCCCACUUCCUCACCAACGAAGUGGCGGUUGCACCGCCCUGUCAGACUAUCUAUCAGGUGUUCCACGAUGCUGUCAGCCGUUUGAUCCAGUAUGGAGUUCUGUAUGUGGCAGAGGUGAGGGACCAGGAGGAGCUGACCCCCAGCCCCACCGAGGAGCCAUGGCGUAAGAAGUUCCCUGAGCCCCUGUCGUGGAGGAGUGAUGAGGAGGACGAGGACAGCGACUUUGCAGAGGAGCAGAGGGACCGCUACCUCAAGGUGAGCCUGUCCCCCGAGCACCAGGAGUUCUUUGUCUUCCUGCAGCGUCUCCUCAGCCCCGUACUGGAGGCCUACAGCGGGGCGGCCAUCUUUGUCCACAGCCUGAGRCAGCCCAUGGCCGAAUCAGAGUACACGCAGCAGCUCUUCCGAUACCUGCUCACACGCACCGAGAAGGGAGUGGCCGCCUACGGUGAAAGUGCGACACACUACCUCGUGAAGAACACCGUGAGAACGUUUAAGGAACUUGGGGUCCUGAAGGAGAGGCGGGAGAACCGUGUGUCAUUGGUGGAGCUGAGCAGCACCUUCCUACCUCAGGCGAAUCGGAACAAGCUCCUGCAUUACAUCCUGGGCUUCACCCUCCUGUGACCUACAACCUUCCCACCGAGCUCCACCCACCCUGUCUCCCCUCCACAAGGGCUUUUACUGGCUAGUUCUAACCAAUCAGAGGUGCUACUCUAUGGAAAGCUUUACCAGGAAGUGCCUUUCGUGAAACCACUAUUAGCCAGAAGAGACUUGAAGUCAGUCUUCCUCCURCAGUUGAGACCCUUCCACCUGUAGAACUGUGCAGCUAGAUUGAAAGGAAAAAAAACAAAACAAAACUGUCCCUCAUCUGACUCUAUAAUCGUCCUUCAGUGAAAGUCAGUUUUUAAUUGGAUUGGUCUUUUAACUAUAGGAAUACGGAUUCUUUAACUGUAGGAAUACUUAUUCAUCUUCGUUGGACUAAUCAUAUUGUUUUUCUCUCAGUCCAGUAAAUGAAUGUCAUCUUUACAAACACAAAAAACAAUGCCUUUGGUGUAAAAAAAAUAAUAAAGAGGUUGAGGGCAUUUUUUUGCACCAGAAUGCAUGUAGAAAAUUUGCUKAUUGCUAGGCCCCUAUCCAUACGUUAGAAACUGAAACCACAUAUUAGAAAUGAACAUAAUGAAGACUAUAUAUAAAAAUAAAAAAAAAAGCAUGCAAGUCGAAGAUCUCACUAUAUACAAGUGUUACUCAUCUCAAGUUUAGUCCAUGGGCAUAUCUACAGUGAGCAGGCAGCCCAUGGUUCUGUAGACCUCUAAAGACAUUAACCUCAUGUGUUGUUAUUUUUCUAUGUUGUAUGAAUGAAAGGGCAUUCUGGUGCAACCACCACAUGAAACUUGCCCUUUGUGUUACCUUGAACGUGGGCCACUCGCUUUGAUGUCUGACGAUCGGCAGACUCGUCGCGCCGCCUUUUCUGACUGAAUUGGCAAACGUGGCUCAGAUUCCAAGGCACUUGCCGCUGUUCAACAUGAAUUCCUGGUGUUAAAACCUAGUAUGAUUUCCAUAGCCAUUUGGAACAGCAAUGUAGCGACCAUGUAAAACAUUUUGUUAGUGUUUUACAUCUGCCGAAAUGGAAUUAGAAUUUCUCAAUGUGUAACUAAAGCAGAGAGCUGAUAUGAACAAAUAUUAAUUGCUGCACAAUAUUUAAUAAAAAUAAAUACUCUUCCCGAGAGUCAUAAAGCAUUACGAUACCUUGCAAAAUCCAGCACUUCCUCUUCAUGCACGAGAGUAUGUAGUAUAGUUUAGGUAUUAAAACUGUUGUCCUGCAAAGGUUACAGUACAGCCAAGUAGGUCAUUGCAAUGCUGGCACCCUUUUUACAAAAUGAUUCAAAUGUAAUAACUGAUUUUAGUGUUGCUAAAACAACACGCGUUGUAUAUUACUAACUGUACUUGGAAGCCUUAAAUAGCAUACAAGGCUCUUGCAAUGUAUACUUUGACUUUGUCGUGAAUCAUUUUUGGGUACGGGGGUGGGGGAUCCGAUUUGUGCGUUUACCCCAACAURUACAUGAAUGUUACGCAUCAGAGCACAUAAACUUCCUCAAACCUGUCAUACGAGUUGCAUAAGAUCAGCAUAGCAAGCCUUUUAUUUUCCAUGAACUUAUCUAUGGUCUCCCGUUCUAUCUUCCUUGUAGUGGGUGGGAUGGGAAACUACUCUGUCAAUUUUACUUGUUCUUACUCGUAAAGACCGUACUGUAUAUUAACUUUACUUAGGGCGACAUGGUUGCCUCCACACACAACUUCCAGACACGGUUCUGUCGUUAGCAUAGUCACAGGAGGACCUUUUGGUUAUGAACAGUAAAUACCUGAUGAAUGUGUAAUUCGGUUCAUCAAACAAGCUAACUGGUCCUCCUGAAGCUAGCAAGUUAGAUGGGAGGUAUUGGCUUAGAUGUGUGUGUGCCCUAUAGCUAGCUUUGCACGCUGGAAUAGGUUAUUUUUAGUCACUUCGAGGAAAAGAUCUGUCUCCCUUUUUUGCUUUUUAGCCUCAUGUAAAGCCGCAAAGCUUUAGCUAGUUAGGAUAGAGGGACUAUUGAUGCACCAACUCCAUUUCUCCUGGUUGUCUCUGGUAUGGAGUGUGACCCUAAAAAUCCAUCAGCUGCACGGCUUGUCCUUUUACAAGUGUGUGUUGACCCUUCUCGUUGUGGACUAGCCCCUCUGGCUGGGUAAUAGGGCCCUGUUUUAAGACUUUUAGAAAUGCAUCCCUCCUGUCUUUAACAUCUCUGAUCUGUGAAAGCAAGGUUUCUACUGUACUAUAUUACUCUGUCUGAUCCAUCCUUGCCAAGGAAGGAAAGAAGGAAUGAUUCAAGUUCUAGAUGUAUAUGAACAGGGCCCAACUCCCUGUCUGGUAAUAUUGGGUCUCUGAGGCGUUGGGGUCGUUCAUGCCGAUGUGCAGCACAAGCUAGUUUGAAAAUGAAGGUUUGAGGUAAUGGGAGCAGAGGGAAAGCCAAUGAAAGUGCAAGGGAUGGCUGUGACGACACAAAUGUUGAAAAAGAUGAACUAGAGAGAUGACAAAACAGAACGUCUCAAGACCAGUCUAGUUUACACUAUUGCUACCAAUUUUGAUUUGAAGAAAUAUACUAAUUUGGUGUUGUAGGGUGUUAAGGCGGAGAAAUAUGGGUUUGUGUAUAAUCCCUAUUGUGGUAUUGUUUAUUCAUUUGGCAAUCAUGGUCUGCAAAGGCACAUUGAUAUGUAACGCAUCAAAAUGAGUUUCAAUGCAUUAAGCUUAGCUUGAGUCAAUGUCAAAUGUAGCAGAUUKAAUUUCCCUGUAUUUAUAGUGUAGUUGUGUUAAACUGUUUAGAUUAAACACUGGAACUCUGCGUUGGUGUCGGUUGUUUAAAAAUGUUGGAGCUGAAUCUGAAUGCAACUCUGCAUUAUGAUAUGGACUGUCAUUUUUCCAUUUGAAUUGCACGUCUUUAGUAUUCAUUAGGAUAGAGUUGACACCAUUGAACAGCUCGCAAGGGGACUUAAAUGAACACAGAGUAUCAYAUCCUCAUUUUGAAACUUGGUGUUGCCAGGGCCUGGAUGUUUCUUCUGGGAACCACACAUGGGGAAAUACACUUUUGUAGCAACUUGUUUGCUAGGUGCCACACGGUACCUAUGGUAUGUUGAACAAAUAUGGUAUGUGUAUUGAAUGGGGACACCGGUGUGCAAGUGCACACUAUAAGAACACAAUCACAGCUAACGAUCUACUCUCUUGGUACAGACUGUCGCUCCGAGAGCCCAGUAUUUAAAGCAAUAAUAAACCCAGAUUCUGUAAGUUACUCAAACACACCCCUGUGGCACGCCCAAGUCGAGACGAGGCUUUGUGCAUGUAUCCGCUGGUCGCCAUCAAUUUCAUAGGUACCUAAAUGUGAACUCUAUACUUAACCUGAGAAAUGUAGACUAGUGUGUGUGUGUGUGAAUACUUUAUUUGAAGAGAAUGAUAGUAGUUUGAGUAGGAAACCAAGUUGGGCUUGUUACUUCUGUAUCUUACCCCCCCCACCCCCAAAUAGUUGAUGUGUUAAUUGUAAGACUCUCGCUCAAUCAGCGCACAAACAUGUUUAGUUUUGGCACAUCUGGAUGGUGGUUGAAUCAUGUCACUAAUGUGGGCAACAUGUUGAUGCCAAAAGGAUGCAUACAAAAUGACGUUAACCUGUUGUAGACACUAAACCUUAAUUGUAUUCUUUGAGCAUGAUGCCUUUUAAUACACUGUAGAGUUUUCUUUGUGUUUUUUGUUGUUGUUGGUGUAUGUUGUGCAUGUUAGCUGAGGCCCAUGUAGCAUGGCCACUAAAAGAACUCUCUGUAAGAGUAGUAACUCGUUUAAAAAAAAGAAAGUCAUUAUUUUCUUACAAGAACACAAGUUUACCAUAGUCACCAGCUACUAAAAAUCAAAUGUCACUCUUUAUGUUCCUGCUUCCAUAGAACAAAAACAAUAUUCAAGCACAGUUGUCAGCGCAUUUUUUUUGUUUUUAAAUAAAUGAAUGAUUAACAAUG